UCAUUUGCAGCGAUGCCUUGGACGAGACCUGCCUGUGGCCUCUUUCUGAUCUUGUUUGCUGCCCACAUAGCAGCUGUGUCGAUUAAACAUCUUUCGGACGAACAUGACGACAAUACAGAUAGUGAACAGAAGGAUAUUUCAGAAAUCAACUUAGCUGCAGGCCUGAACCUCUUUCAAGGGGACAUCUUUCUGCCAAGAACCAGAAAUGCCCUGAGAGACCCAACAAGCAGAUGGAAGUUCCCCAUUCCCUACAUCCUGGCUGACAAUCUGGAUCUGAACGCCAAAGGAGCCAUCCUCAAUGCCUUUGAGAUGUUCCGCCUCAAGUCCUGUGUGGAUUUCAAGCCCUAUGAAGGAGAGAGCUCAUACAUCAUCUUCCAGAAGUUUUCUGGGUGCUGGUCUAUGGUUGGUGACCAACAUGUGGGACAGAACCUGUCUAUUGGGUCGCGCUGUGACUAUAAGGGCAUCAUUGAACAUGAGAUCCUGCACGCUCUGGGAUUUUACCACGAGCAGUCAAGGACUGACCGGGAUGAUUAUGUCAACAUUUGGUGGGAUGAAAUUUUGCCAGACUAUGAACACAACUUCAACGUUUACGAUGACAACUUCAUCACAGACCUCAACACACCCUAUGACUAUGAGUCCGUGAUGCACUACCGUCCGUUUUCAUUUAACAAGAAUGAGAGCAUCCCAACCAUCACAACCAAGAUUCCUGAGUUUAACAGCAUCAUUGGGCAGCGUCUGGAUUUCAGUACCAUGGACUUAGAGAGACUAAACCGAAUGUACAAUUGCACCACAACCCACACCCUGUUGGACCAAUGUGCCUUUGAGAAGACAAACAUCUGUGGAAUGAUCCAGGGGACCAGAGAUGAUGACGACUGGGUCCGUGAGGACAGCAGUCAGUCUGGACGAGUGGAUCACACCUUGGUGGGACAGUGCAAAGCUGCCGGCUACUUCAUGUACUUCAAUACCAGCUCUGAGGGGACAGGAGACGUGGCGCUGCUGGAGUCUCGGAUCCUCUACCCCAGGAGGAAGCAUCAAUGCUUGCAGUUUUUUUACAAGAUGACAGGAAGCCCUGCAGACAAACUCACUGUCUGGGUGAGGAGGGAUGAUGGCACGGGCAAUGUGCGGAAGCUGGCCAAGAUACAGACCUUUCAAGGAGAUUCUGACCACAACUGGAAGAUUGCUCAUGUGACACUCAAAGAAGAGAAGAAAUUUCGCUAUCUUUUCCAGGGCACCAGAGGUGCCUCUGGUAACUCAGAGGGGGGGAUCUCCCUGGAUGACAUCACUCUGACAGAAACGCCCUGCCCCACUGGGGUGUGGACCAUACGGAAUAUCUCCCAGGUCCUUGCGAACACGGCCCAGGGGGAAAGGGUUCUGAGCCCUAGGUUCUACAGUCCUGAAGGCUACGGUCUGGGGGUGACCUUGUACCCCAAUGGUAGAAACACCAGUAAGCCUGGCUAUCUGGGCCUGGCUUUCCACUUGUGCAGCGGGGAGAACGAUGCCAUUCUGGAGUGGCCCGUGGAAAACAGACAGGCCGUCAUGACCAUACUGGACCAGGACCCCGAUGUCAGGAACAGGAUGUCCUUAAGCAUGAUGUUCACGACCAAAAACCAAACUUCUUCAGCUAUAAAUGACUCUGUCAUCUGGGACAGGCCAUCCAAGGUAGGAGUCUAUGAUCAGGAAUGUGACUGUUUCAGAAGCAUUGACUGGGGCUGGGGCCAGGCCAUCUCCCACCGGAUGCUGAUGAGAAAACGUUUCCUUAAGGACGACACCCUCAUCAUCUUCGUAGACUUUGAAGAUCUCACCCACCUGAUCCACACUGAAGUCCCAAUUCUAGCCAGCAACGUGAUCUCCCGAGGCCUCCUUCUCCAAGAUCAGGAGCCUCCUGUCUUGGGAGAAAGCCCUGGAAGAGCCAUGUUGGAGGAAGCCCUGCCAAGCAGCCUGGGCCAGAGACAAUCCGGCCGACAGAAGCGGUCAGUGAAGAACACUGGCCCCAUGGAAGACCACAACUGGCCACAGUACUUCAGAGAUCCCUGUGACCCGAACCCUUGCCAGAAUGAAGGCAUCUGUGUGAACGUGAAGGGCAUGGCCAGCUGCAGGUGCGUCUCUGGGCAUGCCUUUUUCUACACGGGAGAGCACUGUCAGGCCAUGCAAGUUCACGGCAGCGUGCUGGGCCUGAUCAUUGGCGGCAUCACUGGCUUGAUCUUCUUGACCUUUGUCACAUUUACCAACACUUACCAAAAGCUGAUGCGGUGAGCAGAUGCCUGCUGACGUCCACCAGACUGCAGAAGGGCCUCCUCCACCCAGACUUUCUUCCCGUGGUCAGCAUCCUUUGGAAUAGUUUUUAUAACAAGCAUUUUUGAAAGGGCUUCCAAAACCAAAGCUGCCAUGUGUGGCUCUUCCUACUUCCGUCCCUUACCACUUCUGUCCCUGCACAGCUCUGUUAGCCGUCUGUGAAUUCCUGGUGAAUCCUCAUGUCCUGAGACAGCAGCCAGCACUUUUAAUUAUAAACCUUUUGCUGGCUUGACUCUCUCCCCUUAGAUCACAAGCUCCAGUCAGGUAGGGGACACGUUAUCAUCAGCCCCAGGGCUAGAAGCAUACUUGGCAGGUAUAUUGUGAGUACUCAGUAAGUAUUAAAUGAAUGAACCA